AUGCACGGGGUCUUACCUGCAGGGGUCGACUUCCAGAGGCGCUCAAGGCGGCUGUGGGCGACCCGCCCAUUGCCUUGCCACCCCCUCUUUCCCCCAUGCCCCCCCGCCCCCUUUCGCUCCCCUCCUCUCCUCUCGUGCACGGGGCCUUCAGGGGUUGACUCUCAGAGGCGCUCAAGGCAGCCGUAUGAGCAUGAUGGUGCGCUUGUCACCCUCACCCCCUUCGUCUGCCUUCCGGGUCCCCCCUCCCCCCUCCUCCCGGGCGCAUGGGGCCUUCAGGCUUCAGGGGUCAAUUCCCAGAACAUUAUGGUGCACUUUUCCUUCCCCCCAACCUCUUUUGUCCCCCUUCCCGGUCCCCCCUCCCCCCUCCUCCCGGGCGCAUGGGGCCUUCAGGGGUCGAAUCUAAGAGCCGCUCCAGGCAACUGGUCGAGUCCCAGAGGCGCUGCAGGCGACCGUGAGCAACCCACCCAUGGCGGGAUGUGCAUGACUGCUCUCACGCAUGGCUGUCGUGGUGCACUUAUUCCUACUCGCCCCUCCACCCCUCUUCCACCCCCUUACCCCUUUCCUCUCCCCCUCCCCGCGUGCACGGGGCCUGCCCUGCAGGGGUCGAGUGCCGGAGCCUGCAGGGGCCUGCCCUUGCUGGGGCCGUGUCCAGAGGCGCUCGAGGCGGCUGUGGGCGUGAUGGCCUGCUCUGCACUGCAGGGGUCGUGUCUAGAGGUGACUUUUGAGUCGACUCAAAAGUCACCUCGCAGGGGUCGAGUGCCAGAGGCGCUCAAGGCGGCUGUGAGCGUGAUGGUGCACUUGUCCCCCACCUUCCUCCCCCCUCACCUCUCGCCCCCCUUGUUAAAACUGAGAGUGUGGUAG